ACAGUGCAGAAUGUCCUGGAUCUUCGACAGAACCUGGAAGAGACCAUGUCCAGCCUGCGAGGGUCCCAGGUGACUCACAGCUCCCUGGAGAUGACCUGCUAUGACAGCGAUGACGCCAACCCUCGCAGCGUAUCCAGCCUCUCCAACCGCUCGUCCCCUCUGUCCUGGCGCUACGGCCAGUCCAGCCCGCGGCUGCAGGCUGGCGACGCGCCCUCGGUGGGCGGGAGCUGCCGCUCGGAGGGGCCGCCCGCCUGGUACCUGCACGGGGAGCGCGCCCACUACUCGCACACCAUGCCCAUGCGCAGCCCCAGCAAGCUCAGCCACAUCUCCCGCCUGGAGCUGGUCGAGUCCCUGGACUCGGACGAGGUGGACCUCAAGUCCGGCUACAUGAGCGACAGUGACCUCAUGGGCAAGACGAUGACCGAGGACGACGACAUCACCACCGGCUGGGAUGAGAGUAGCUCCAUCAGCAGUGGGCUCAGCGAUGCCUCGGACAACCUCAGCUCGGAAGAAUUCAAUGCCAGCUCCUCACUCAACUCCCUCCCAACUACUCCCACUGCUUCUCGCAGAAACUCUACAAUAGUGCUACGCACAGACUCAGAGAAGCGAUCUCUGGCAGAAAGUGGGCUGAGCUGGUUUAGUGAAUCAGAGGAGAAGGCCCCCAAAAAGCUAGAGUACGACAGUGGUAGCCUGAAGAUGGAACCUGGGACUUCUAAGUGGCGGAGAGAGCGGCCCGAGAGCUGUGAUGAUUCAUCCAAGGGUGGAGAACUGAAAAAGCCCAUCAGCCUGGGACACCCUGGUUCCCUGAAGAAGGGCAAGACCCCACCAGUGGCUGUCACCUCCCCCAUCACUCACACAGCCCAGAGUGCCCUCAAAGUGGCAGGCAAACCUGAAGGCAAAGCUACCGACAAGGCUAAGCUUGCAGUGAAGAAUACCGGGCUGCAGCGCUCCUCUUCCGAUGCCGGCCGGGAUCGCCUGAGUGAAGCUAAGAAGCCCCCCUCGGGCAUCGCUCGCCCCUCCACCUCAGGGUCCUUUGGCUACAAGAAGCCACCUCCUGCCACAGGCACAGCGACCGUCAUGCAGACUGGUGGUUCAGCCACUCUCAGCAAGAUCCAGAAGUCCUCGGGCAUCCCUGUCAAGCCGGUGAAUGGACGCAAGACCAGCUUGGAUGUGUCCAACAGCGCAGAGCCGGGAUUCCUGGCUCCUGGGGCCCGUUCCAACAUCCAGUAUCGCAGCCUGCCCCGGCCAGCCAAGUCCAGUUCCAUGAGCGUGACCGGUGGGCGGGGCGGACCUCGCCCCGUUAGCAGCAGCAUUGACCCCAGUCUCCUCAGCACCAAGCAGGGAGGCCUUACGCCCUCCAGACUGAAGGAGCCUUCCAAGGUAGCCGGUGGGCGGACCACCCCAGCCCCUGUCAAUCAGACAGAUCGGGAGAAGGAGAAGGCCAAAGCCAAGGCAGUGGCCCUGGACUCCGACAACAUCUCCCUGAAGAGCAUUGGCUCCCCGGAAAGCACUCCCAAGAACCAAGCAAGCCACCCCCCAGCCACCAAGUUGGCAGAGCUGCCACCAACCCCUCUCAGGGCCACAGCUAAGAGCUUUGUCAAGCCACCCUCACUAGCCAAUCUAGACAAGGUCAACUCCAACAGUCUGGAUCUACCAUCGUCCAGCGACACCCACGCUUCAAAGGUCCCAGAUCUGCAUGCUACAAGCUCAGCAACGGGGGCCCCUCUCCCUUCUUGCUUCACCCCCAGUCCAGCACCUAUCCUCAAUAUUAACUCAGCCAGCUUCUCCCAGGGCCUGGAGCUAAUGAGUGGUUUCAGUGUCCCAAAGGAGACCCGCAUGUACCCCAAACUCUCAGGCCUGCACAGGAGCAUGGAGUCCCUGCAGAUGCCAAUGAGCCUGCCCAGUGCCUUCCCCAGCAGUGCUCCCAUCCCCACGCCACCUGCUGUCUCUGCUGCUCCCCAAGAAGAAGAGACGGAAGAGCUGCCCUGGAGCGGAAGCCCCAGAACUGGGCAGUUGGACAGUAAUCAGCGAGAUCGGAACACUCUUCCCAAGAAAGGGCUCAGGUAUCAGCUUCAGUCCCAGGAGGAGACCAAGGAGAGGCGACACUCCCACACCAUUGGUGGGCUGCCCGAGUCCGACGACCAGUCAGAGCUGCCUUCUCCCCCCGCACUCUCCAUGUCCUUGAGCGCGAAGGGCCAGCUCACCAACGUAGUGAGUCCCACUGCGGCCACCACGCCAAGAAUCACCCGCUCCAACAGCAUCCCCACCCACGAGGCGGCCUUCGAGCUGUACAGCGGCUCCCAAAUGGGGAGCACCCUGUCCCUGGCCGAGAGACCCAAGGGGAUGAUUCGGUCAGGAUCCUUCCGAGACCCCACGGACGAUGUUCAUGGCUCAGUGCUGUCCCUGGCCUCCAGUGCCUCCUCCACUUACUCCUCACAAAUCCGGAAACUUCGUAGGGAACUGGAAUCGUCCCAGGAAAAAGUGGCCACCCUGACGUCUCAGCUUUCUGCCAAUGCUAAUCUGGUGGCUGCCUUCGAGCAGAGCCUGGUGAACAUGACCUCCCGCCUGCGGCACCUGGCGGAGACCGCGGAGGAGAAGGACACUGAGCUGCUGGAUUUGCGAGAAACCAUAGACUUUCUGAAGAAAAAGAACUCUGAGGCCCAGGCAGUCAUUCAGGGAGCCCUUAAUGCCUCCGAAACCACACCCAAAGAACUUCGGAUCAAGAGACAAAACUCCUCAGAUAGCAUCUCAAGCCUCAACAGCAUCACUAGCCAUUCCAGCAUUGGCAGCAGCAAGGAUGCUGAUGCAAAAAAGAAGAAAAAAAAGAGUUGGCUUCGAAGUUCCUUCAACAAAGCCUUCAGCAUAAAAAAGGGACCCAAGUCAGCGUCCUCGUACUCUGAUAUAGAGGAGAUUGCCACACCUGACUCCUCAGCCCCCUCGUCCCCCAAACUACAGCACGGCUCCACAGAGACUGCGUCACCCUCCAUCAAGUCCUCCACCUCAUCUUCUGUGGGCAUCGAUGUCACCGAGGCCCCUGCUCACCCAGCUCCCCACACUAGGCUGUUCCAUGCCAAUGAGGAGGAGGAGCCGGAGAAAAAGGAGGUAUCAGAGCUGCGCUCUGAGCUCUGGGAGAAGGAGAUGAAGCUGACAGACAUCCGCUUGGAGGCCCUCAACUCUGCCCACCAGCUGGAUCAGCUUCGGGAGACCAUGCACAACAUGCAGUUGGAGGUGGACCUGCUGAAAGCAGAGAACGACCGGCUGAAGGUCGCCCCAGGCCCCUCAUCAGGCUCCACUCCAGGGCAGGCCCCUGGAUCAUCAGCUUUGUCAUCCCCUCGCCGCUCCCUGGGCCUUGCACUCACCCAUUCCUUCAGCCCAGGUCUCGCAGACACAGACCUAUCACCCAUGGAUGGCAUCAGCACCUGUGGUCCAAAGGAAGAAGUGACCCUUCGGGUGGUGGUGAGGAUGCCCCCCCAGCACAUCAUCAAAGGGGACUUGAAGCAGCAGGAAUUCUUUCUGGGCUGUAGCAAGGUCAGUGGAAAAGUUGACUGGAAGAUGCUGGAUGAAGCUGUUUUCCAGGUGUUCAAGGACUAUAUUUCUAAGAUGGACCCAGCCUCCACCCUGGGACUAAGCACUGAGUCCAUCCACGGCUACAGCAUCAGCCACGUGAAACGAGUGCUGGAUACGGAGCCCCCCGAGAUGCCUCCUUGCCGUCGAGGUGUCAACAGCAUAUCAGUCUCCCUCAAAGGUCUGAAGGAGAAAUGCGUCGACAGCCUGGUGUUCGAGACGCUGAUCCCCAAGCCGAUGAUGCAGCACUACAUAGGCCUCCUGCUCAAGCACCGGCGCCUCGUGCUCUCGGGCCCCAGCGGCACGGGCAAGACCUACCUGACCAACCGGCUGGCCGAGUACCUCGUGGAGCGCUCCGGCCGGGAGGUCACCGAGGGUAUCGUCAGCACCUUCAACAUGCACCAGCAGUCUUGCAAGGAUCUACAACUGUAUCUUUCCAACCUGGCUAAUCAGAUAGACCGGGAGACAGGAAUUGGGGAUGUGCCUCUGGUGAUCCUGCUGGACGACCUCAGCGAAGCAGGUUCCAUCAGUGAGCUGGUCAAUGGGGCCCUCACCUGCAAGUACCACAAAUGUCCCUAUAUUAUAGGUACCACCAAUCAGCCUGUAAAAAUGACGCCCAACCAUGGUUUGCACUUGAGCUUCAGGAUGUUGACCUUCUCCAACAACGUGGAGCCAGCCAAUGGCUUCCUGGUCCGUUACCUGAGGAGGAAGCUGGUAGAGUCAGACAGCGACAUCAAUGCCAACAAGGAGGAGCUGCUUCGGGUGCUCGACUGGGUGCCCAAGCUGUGGUAUCACCUCCACACCUUCCUCGAGAAGCACAGCACCUCAGACUUCCUCAUCGGCCCUUGCUUCUUUGUCCAUGGACAGAAAGCUGCUUGGGAGGACCCUGUGGAGUGGGUCCGGGACACUCUUCCCUGGCCGUCAGCCCAACAAGACCAAUCAAAGCUGUACCACCUGCCACCACCCACCGUGGGCCCUCACAGCAUUGCCUCCCCUCCUGAGGACAGGACAGUCAAAGACAGCACCCCAAGUUCCCUAGACUCAGAUCCUCUGAUGGCCAUGCUGCUGAAACUUCAAGAAGCUGCCAACUACAUUGAGUCUCCAGAUCGAGAAACUAUCUUGGACCCCAACCUCCAGGCAACACUCUGAGGGUCCAGCAGUCACUGUCACCCCGGACAGCAGAACGCUGGCGUCAGCUACAUUCGCUCCUCCUCUCCCCUCUCUUCUUUCAGAGCACUGGCUCUCCAGCCCCAGGAGGAGAACAGGAGGGAGGAGGAGGAGAAGGAGGAGGGGCAAGUUCUUGGUGCUGCACCUUUGAGAACUUCCCAGUAAGGAUUGGUGGGGUGGAGUUUGGGAACUUGUGUCCCCUGAAUACAUUACCGGCCUCCUCUCAUGACUUUGGGGAAAAGAUGAUUCUGGGUCUUUUCCUUGACUUCGUCUUUCAAUUACAAACUCCUGGGCUUUCUGGGGAGGGGUUCAGAAGACAUCAAAAAACUCUGCAGCAGUCCGAACUGAUUCUUGCAGACAACUCUGAGAGAGACAGUCAUUCGCGGGGAAGUCGGAGCGAGGCAGGAUGAUCGCCUGGUUUUCUCGCAGACUCUUCCCAGUUCCGUCACCACUGCCAACAACUCUUCCCCCGGAGAUCUGGCUGGAGCCCAGAAAAAGAAGCAUGUGGUUUUAAAAAUGUUUAAAUCAAUCUGUAAACGGUUAAAAAAAAAAAGGGAAAAACGAAGCUGGAGAGAGGGGAACCAGUUGCCAAGGUAGAAAGAGAGCUGCCCGCUCCUGCCCUCUGGAUGACGCAGGGAUAUUGACAAGACGGCUGCCAACCUAAGAAGUUACCAGACCACAAAAAUAACUUUGCAGCCUUCAGAGAAAGACUAGCUCUGUCUUUCUACCCUCUAAUUUAACAUGCAUGAGAGUCAAUAAACCCUACUUUUUUAUUUUUGUUUUUUA